GCCAGCUGUGGCGCGGUUUUUGAGCGAAGACGCAUCCAUCCUCCACCGGGGAAAUUUCGACACCAUUUCGGUUCAAAAUUCUCUUUGUGACACAAAGCCUGGGCUGACUUUUUCAUCAUCAUAGCUUGGAGGUUGUCAGAAUUCAACACGGGAUUGGAUAUAUGGCACUAUCACCACAGCAUUGAAAAAGCGCCCAGGUCGGAUCCACCAUGCCCAAUGUAAAAGGCAGUGUUGUCCGUUGCAUGCAACGAAAGCGUAUCUCGGGGAGGUGUGGUGUUUGCGGCGGUGAAUUAUGUGACAAAGUCGGUAAAGUUCGCCCAACCAACGCAUGUGUGACCAGACAGGCCGCCAGAGAGAAGGAACUGUCUGCCUGCGUUUGCCUUGGUAUCCUGGGAGAAGACAACCUCCUGCACAUCUUCAACUUCCUGUGUCUCAGGGACCUCAUGAAUGUUAGCAGGACAUGCAAGAUAUUCAAUGAGUUAGCACAUACAAAACAUCUGUGGACACAUGUUUCCCUGAGGUCCACCAUAAUCUCCAGGACCAGCUGGCAGAGAGCAGUGCAGAUGUUCAACAUAUUUGGCACUAGAAGACUGGACAUCACCAAUAUAAAUAAUUAUGUCGACAACCUGACGUACUGGAAGAUUGUCGUCCUGCCUGCCCUGUCACACAUCAAGUCCCUCAGACAGCUGCACUUUUUAUGGGGACACUUGCCUGCUAACCAACUGGAGGAGGUGACCAAAUGCCUGCCACAUCUGGAGACUCUGGUUGUGGAGAGGGUUGUCUGUUCCUUGGAUAAAUGGCCUCCCUGGACUAUAAAUAUUCGUGAGACGCCUGCCCUGCUGGACUUUGGGAAGUUCUGCAGCAUGAAGAAUCUGCAGAAUCUGCAGCUGAAGGCUGUCGGCGGCAUCAGGCUGCCGUCGUUCUCCUUCAGCAGGGGCCUGAGUAAACUCUCCGAACUCACCAGCCUGCGUGUACUGUCCCUGACGACACUGCAGGAUGUUCCAGCCAAAAAGUUUGACUUUCUGCCGUCCCUGGUUCAUCUCCACACCUUACGGCUGGGGAACUGCACGCACUGGGACUUGGAGGUGUACAAGAAUCUAGGUGAGCUGACAGGUCUGGAGUAUCUCUAUCUGGAAAACGGUGGUGCCAGUCCUGACAUCUCUGCAGCACUCGUGAACCUGACAAGGCUGAAGGUCCUGGAGCUGGUGAUCUUCAUCUUGCCUGUAGACCUGUCAAUCAUUCUUCCCAGCAUGCCUCACCUGCACACGGUCGUUCUGGUCCCUCACAUGGAGGAUGACAUGGGGGAGGUGAACGGUAACUGCUUGCGUAUCAUCCAGUCUCUGGGAUCCUGUAGUCAGCUAAGGAAGCUGAGCUGGGGCGUCCCAACCCACCACCGCCAUCAGUCCCACACUGACGACAACACAGAAUCUAUCCCUGUCCCUCACGGCUGUGUCUCGUGGCGCACAGCCAAUCAACAGUCGUGGCAAACAGCAUUGGGUGAUGAUGGCAAAGAUGCCAAUUGCUUGGCUAACAAAGGCAACUCCAGUAAACUCAAAGACCAAAAGAAUGGGAGCAGACCAUCCUCCCAUACCAUGAAACUGAGGAGCUCUUGUACAAGUAACGCUGGUAGUACCACUAGACGUGUAGAUAAGAAGGUAGAACCUACAGAUGACCAGAAUGUACCUAACACCUCAGACAGCAGACCUACAUGUAAGGAAGUAGCCUCUGUGAGCAGACCCCACCACAGAGUAAGAGCUGACAAUGUGUUUUGGCCCGCCUCUCCUGAUGAAGGGGAGGUGCUUGUCAGUGUGAACCAGCUGAACAGUGUGCUGAAGCCCCGGUUCCCUAAAGCUGAGGUGUCAGUGUCCAGGAUAUAUGUAGCUGAACAGUGACACAAACACACAGUGCAACAUACUAACAAAACAGUGUCCUAUGGCAAUGCUACUACUCAUGAUCAGUCAUAGCAGAAUAAAGACUAUUGCUUGUGCCCUCAGCAAUACUCCGCUGUGUCCAGCUCAAAAAGUAAACAUUUAUUCAUGGAUACCUCCUAUGAAAUUUAUGUUCAUUAUGUCCAUAGAGUCAUGUCAUUCUUUUUUUUCAAUUUACUCUUGUGAUUAUGAUGAGUUGUUUUCACUGUAUAGAUUUGUGUACAGCAGUCAGGCCUCAAAAUACCACUGCAGGUAUGUCUGAUGUCUACCUGCACCUAACCUGCACUAGCGCAUGUACAGGAUUUAUA